UGGCAGUUGACAGUUCACACACGAGACAAUCACAGCUCCACUAGUCCACUACUACCAGACGCUUCCUCGCCGGCCGCGCCGCUCCCAAGCCCGCACGCUUCUCUUCCCCCUCUCCUCCGAUGGCGACGCUGCAGCUCAACCACAUCGCGCGGGAGACCUCCGACGUGGCCCGCCUCGCGGCCUUCUACGAGGCCGUGCUGGGGUUCGAGCGCGUGCCGUCCCCGACCUACUCGGGCUUCCAGGUCGCCUGGCUCCGCCUCCCGGGCUCCCCCGACGUCGCGCUCCACCUCAUCGAGCGGGACCCAGCCGCGGCCCCCGUCGCGGUGGGGCCCGGCGCCGAGGGCGCGCCGCCGGCGCAGCUGCCCCGGCGCCACCACCUGGCCUUCUCCGUCGCCGACUACGACGGGUUCGUGACCGGGCUCAAGGCGCGCGGGACCGAGCUGUUCGAGAAGACGCAGCCCGACGGCCGCACGCGCCAGGUCUUCUUCUUCGACCCCGACGGCAAUGGCCUAGAAGUUACUAGCUCAGCUGCAGGCAGUGAUGAGUAAUUAGAGAGCAUGAUGUGCUAGCUAUUUCUGCUUUAGCCUGCAAUGUAAACUGAAGAUGUUACCAGACCAAGCUUUGUUGCGAUAAAUAAAUCCGAAGCUUACAAAGCAAUGUAUAUUUGCUUUAGUCCGAAGCUUAUGAAGCAAUGUAUUUUUCCUAUGUUGUAAGUUGUAACAUGACUCUGUUCCCAACUGGACUCUACUGUAUGAAAAAUGAAGUUUCAAUGCUAGCUUCUUGUCAGUUUCGGAUCAAUGGUUGUAAUUCCAGAAAAAAUAAUAAAUGGUUGAUUCUGUGUUUCACCA